UUCGUGAAUGGAGGCAGAUCGGUGUCUGUCCUGUUGGUUGCUAGAUCCCCAGUGCCUAGCACAGUACCUGAUAUAUAGGAAGUGCUUAGUAAAUAGUUGUUGAUUAAGUAGACGAAUACUGAUGUUUCAUAAUUUUCCCAACAGUUUCUCUUUUGCGUUGAAAUUUCAGGCAUUCCUUUAAUUCCUGGUUUCUUCAGAAACAGUGGGAAAUGCUCUUCUAAGAAAAAUCUUACUCUAAGGGAUCAACCUGCUUUAUUUCCCUUUUCAGAAAAUGGCCACCCAGCAGGAAGCCUCUGAUGAGAGGAUCUCCCAGUUUGAUUACGAUUUUCUGCCAGAGCUGUCUGCUCUUCUGGGCAUAGAUGCAGUUCAGUUGGCAAAGGAAAUGGAAGAAGAUGAGCAGAAAGUGCAGGCAAAAAUGCGGAAAGGCUACAACUCUCAAAUGCGCAGUGAAGCAAAAAGGUUAAAGACUUUUGUGACCUAUGAACCCUACAGCUCAUGGACACCGCAGGAGAUGGCGGCCGCUGGGUUUUACUUCACUGGGGUAAAAGCUGGGGUUCAGUGCUUCUGCUGUAGCCUCAUCCUCUUUGGUGCCAGCCUCAGGAGACUCCCCAUAGAAGACCACAAGAAGUUUCAUCCAGACUGUGGGUUCCUUCUGAACAAGGAUGUUGGUAACAUUGCCAAGUACGACAUAAGGGUGAAGAAUCUGAGGAGCAGGCUGAGAGGAGGUAAAAUGAGGUACCAAGAAGAGGAGGCUAGACUUGGAUCCUUCAGGCACUGGCCAUUUUACGCCCAAGGGAUAUCCCCACGUGUGCUCUCAGAGGCUGGUUUUGUCUUUACAGGUAAACAGGACACGGUACAGUGUUUUUCCUGUGGUGGAUGUUUAGGAAAUUGGGAAGAAGGAGAUGAUCCUUGGAAGGAACAUGCCAAAUGGUUCCCCAAAUGUGAAUUUCUUCAAAGUAAGAAAUCCUCAGAGGAAAUUGCCCAGUAUAUUCAAAGCUACAAGGGAUUUGUUGACAUAACGGCAGAACAUUUUGUGAAUUCCUGGGUCCAGAGAGAAUUACCUAUGGCAUCAGCUUAUUGCAAUGACAGCAUCUUUGCUUACGAAGAACUACGGCUGGACUCUUUUAAGGACUGGCCCUGGGAGUCAGCUGUGGGAGCUGCAGCACUGGCCAAAGCAGGUCUUUUCUACACAGGUAUAAAGGACAUCGUGCAGUGCUUUUCCUGUGGCGGGUGUUUAGAGAAGUGGCAGGAAGGUGAUGACCCAUUAGACAAUCACACCAGAUGUUUUCCCAAUUGUCCAUUUCUCCAAAAUAUGAAGUCCUCUGUGGAAGUGAUUCCAGACCUUCAGAGCCCUGGUGAAGUCUGUGAAUUACCGGAAACCACAAGUGAAAGCCAUCUUGAAGAUUCAAUAGCAGUUGAUCCUAUAGUGCCAGAAGUGGCACAGGGUGAAGCCCAGUGGUUUCAAGAGGCGAAGAAUCUGAAUGAGCAUCUGAGAGCAGCUUAUACCAGCGCCAGUUUCCGCCACAUGUCUUUGCUUGAUAUCUCUUCCGAUCUGGGCACGGACCACUUGCUGGGCUGUGAUUUGUCCAUGGCUUCAAAACACAUCAGCAAACCUGUGCAGGAGCCCCUGGUGCUGCCUGAGGUUUUUGCCAGCUUGAACUCUGUCAUGUGUGUGGAGGGUGAAGCUGGAAGUGGAAAGACGGUUCUCCUGAAGAAAAUAGCUUUUCUGUGGGCGUCUGGAUGCUGUCCCCUGUUAAACAGGUUCCAGCUGGUUUUCUACCUCUCCCUUAGUUCCACCAGACCAGAUCAGGGGCUGGUCAGUAUCAUCUGUGACCAACUCCUAGAGAAAGAAGUAUCUGUUACUGAAAUGUGCAUGAGAAACAUCCUCCAGCAGUUGAAGAAUCAGGUCUUAUUCCUUUUAGAUGACUACAAAGAAAUAUGUUCAGUCCCUCAAGUCAUAGGAAAACUGAUUCAAAAAAACCACUUGUCACGGACCUGCCUAUUGAUUGCUGUCCGUACAGACAGGGCCAGGGACAUCCGCCGAUACCUAGAGACGAUUCUAGAGAUCAAAGCAUUUCCCUUUUAUAAUACUAUCUUUAUAUUACGGAAACUCUUUUCACAUAAUAUGACUCGUCUGCAAAAGUUUAUGAUUUACUUUAGAAAGAACGAAAGUUUGCAGAAGAUUCAGAAAACUCCUCUCUUUGUGGCGGCAGUCUGCGCUCAUUGGUUUCAGUAUCCUUUUGACCCAUCCUUUUAUGAUGUGGCUGUUUUCAAAUCCUAUAUGGAACGCCUUUUCUUAAGGAACAAAGUGGCAGCUGAACUUCUCAAAGCAACUGUAUCCUCCUGUGGUGAGCUGGCCUUGAAAGGGUUUUUUUCAUGUUGCUUUGAGUUUAAUGAUGAUGAUCUCACAGAAGCAGGGGUUGAUGAAGAUGAAGAUCUAACCAUGUGCUUGAUGAGCAAAUUUACAGCCCAGAGACUAAGACCAUCCUACCAGUUUUUAAGUCCUGCCUUCCAAGAAUUUCUUGCGGGGAUGAGGCUGAUAGAACUCCUGGAUUCAGAUAGGCAGGAACAUCAAGAUUUGGGACUGUAUUAUUUGACACAAAUCAACUCACCCAUGAUGACUGUAAGCGCCUACAACAAUUUUUUGAACUAUGUCUCCAGCCUCCCUUCAACAAAAGCAGGGCCCAAAAUUGUGUCUCAUUUGCUCCAUUUAGUGGAUAAAAAAGAGUCAUUGGAGAAUAUAUCUGAAAAUGAUGACUACUUAAAGCACCAGCCAGAAAUUUCACUGAAGAUGCAGUUAAUUAGGGGAUUGUGGCAAAUUUGUCCACAAGCUUACUUUUCAAUGGUUUCAGAAUAUUUACUGGUUCUUGCCCUGCAAAUUGCUUAUCAAAGCAACACUGUUGCUGCGUGUUCUCCAUUUGUUUUGCAAUUCCUUCAAGGGAGAACACUGACUUUGAAAGUACUUAACUUACAGUACUUUUUCGACCACCCAGAAAGCUUGUCAUUGCUGAGGAGCAUCCAAGUCUCGAUAAAUGGCAAGAAGACAUCACCCAGAUUCGAUUUUUCAGUCCUGGAAGCAUGUUUGGACAAAUCACAGGCACCAACUAUAGAUCAGGACUAUGCUUCUGCCUUUGAACCUAUGAAUGAAUGGGAGCAAAAUUUAGCUGAAAAAGAGGAUAACGUAAAGAGCUAUAUGGCUAUCCAGCGCACAGCACCACCAGACCUUAGUACUGGCUAUUGGAAACUUUCUCCAAAGCAGUACAAGAUUCCUUGUCUGGAAGUCCAUGUGAAUAAUAUUGAUGCUGUAGACCAGGAGAUGCUCGAGAUUCUAAUGACAGUUUUCUCAGCUUCACAGCGCAUCGAACUCCAUUUAAACCACAGCGGAGGCUUUAUUGAAAGCAUCCGCCCAGCUCUUGAGCUGUCUAAGGCCUCUGUCACCAAGUGCUCCAUAAGCAAAUUGGAACUCAGCGCAGCCGAAGAGGAACUGCUUCUCACCCUGCCUUCCCUGGAAUCUCUUGAAAUCUCAGGGACAAUCCAGUCACAAGACCAAAUCUUUCCUAAUCUGGAUAAGUUCCUGUGCCUGAAAGAACUGUCAGUGGAUCUGAAGGGCAACAUAAAUGUUUUUUCAGUCAUUCCUGAAGAAUUUCCAAACUUCCAUCAUAUGGAGAAAUUAUUGAUUCAAAUUUCAGCUGACUGUGAUCCUUCCAAACUAGUAAAAUUGAUUCGAAAUUCUCCAAACCUUCAUGUUUUCCAUCUGAAGUGUAACUCCUUUUCGGAUUUUGAGUCUCUCAUGACUGUACUUGCUUCCUGUAAGAAACUCACAGAAAUUAAGUUUUCGGGUUCAUUUUUUGAAGCCGUCCCAUUUGUUGCCAUUUUGCCAAAUUUUAUUUCUCUGAAGAUAUUAAAUCUUGCAGGCCAGCAUUUUCCUGAUGAGGAAACAUCGGAAAAAUUUGCCUACAUUUUAGGUUCUCUUAGUAACCUGGAAGAAUUGAUCCUUCCUACUGGGGAUGCAAUUUAUCAAGUGGCCAAACUGAUCAUCCAGCAGUGUCAGCAGCUUCAUUGUCUCCGAGUCCUCUCAUUUUUCCAGACGUUGAAUGAUGACAGCGUGGUGGAAAUUGCCAAAGUAGCAAUCAAUGGAGGUUUCCAGAAACUUGAGAACUUAAAUCUUUCAAUCAAUCACAAGAUUACAGAGGAAGGAUACAGAAAUUUCUUUCGAGCACUGGACAACAUGCCAAACUUGCAGGAGUUGAACAUCUGCAGGCAUUUCACAGAGUGUAUCAAAGCUCAGGCCACAACAGUCAAGUCUUUGAGUCAAUGUGUGUUACGACUGCCAAGCCUCAUUAGACUGAACAUGUUAAGUUGGCUCUUGGAUGCAGAUGAUAUUGCAUUGCUUAAUGUCAUGAAAGAAAGACAUCCUCAAUCUAAGUACUUAACUAUUCUCCAGAAAUGGAUAUUGCCGUUCUCUCCAAUCAUUCAGAAAUAAAAGAUUCAGCUAAAAACUGCUGAAUCAAUAAUUUGUCUUGUGGCACAUUGAGGAUGUAAAAAAAGUUGUUCAAUUAAUGCUAAAAACCAACUUAUCCAAAAUUAUUUUAUUAAAUAUUGCAUACAAAAGAAAAUGUGUAAGGCUCGCUAAAAAACAGAACAAAACAAAACAAAAAACAGUCCUGCAUACUCACCACCAAGCUCAAGAAAUAAAUCAUCACCAAUACCUUUGAGGUCCCUGAAAAAUCCACCCCAGCUAAAGGUAAACCCUUCAAUCAAGCUGAUACAGCUAACGCUCUAUUGUCCAUGGUCAACAGGGAAGGGGUUGGGGACAGGUCUGCCAAUCUAUCUAAAAGCCACAAUAUGGAAGAAGAAAUGUUCAAUUUAUAUAAUAAAUGGCUAACUUAAUGGUUGAAUCGGUUUCAUACAUGGAUGAAACGAGUUUAACACAGGAUCCACAUGAAUCUUCUGUGGGUCAAGAGAUAUUCCUUAAGCCUUAUAGAACCUGUUUUCUAUAUUGAACUAGCUUUGGUACAGUAGAAUUAACUUACUUUCCCUUUAUCCACUGCCAGUGUAAAGAGGAAACAGGGGUUAGGGACCUGGACUUUAUUCCAGAGGCUUUUCAGAGUUCAACAUAUGCUAUAAUUUAGAAUUUUCUUAUGAAUCCACUCUCCUUGGGUAGAAAAUAUUUUAUCUCUAGUGAUUUCAUAAUAUUAUUUCCAUAUCAUAGUAUUUCAUAGUAUUAUAUUUGAUAUGAGUGUCUAUAUCAAUGUCAGUGUCCAGAAUUUCAUUCCUACCAGUUAAGUAGUUUUCUGAAUGGCCAGAAGACCAUUCUAAAUUCAUGAUACUACUAUAAGUUGGUAAACAACCAUACUUUUAUCCUCAUUUUUAUUUUUAGUAAGAAAGAAGUCCAUUCUCCUCCCCUUGCCCAAGUAUGAAAUAUAGGGACAGUAUGUAUGGUGUGGUCUCAUUUGUUUAGAAAACCACUUACGACUGAGUGCAGUGGCUCACACCUGUAAUCCCAGCACUUUGGGAGGCUGAGGCGGGCGAAUCAUUUAAGGUCAGGAAUUUGAGACCAGCCUGGCCAGCAUGGUGAAACCCCAUCUCUACUAAAAAUACAAAAACUAGCCAGGUGUGGUGGCACAUGCCUGUAGUCCCAGUCACUAGGGCAGCUGAGAUGCAAGACUUGCUUGAACCCGGGAGGCAGAGGUUGCAGUGAGCUGAGAUGGCGCCACUGCAUUCCAGCCUGGGCAACAGAGUGAGACCCUGUCUCAAAACAAAAAACAAAAAACAAAACCACUUACAUUUCUAGCUACAUUAAGAAUUUCUGAAUAUGUUAAUGAGCUUGCUUGUGGUAACCAUUUAUCAUAUCAGAAAGUAUAUGUAUACCAAAACAUGUUGAACAUCCAUGUUGUACAACUGAAAUAUACAUAAUUUUAAUUUGUUAAUUAUACCUAAAUAAAACUGGAAAAAUAUUCUGGAA